AUGUCUCCUAUCAAUUUGGUUCUCAGAACCGCUUUCAUUCUUUCUUCUAUAUCGACUUCUUUUGCCGCAAUCUGCAAUGGCCAGACUCGAGCUUCUGGGGACCCUUCUGGCGAGAUACUAGCUGCAUUCCUCAAUUCUCAAGAUCAAAUCUCCCAGUUUUGUUCGGCGGGUGUAUCAGGAAAGACUUCAGGGGAUGUGAACUUCUCAGACUUCCAGAUCUCUUUUGAGCGCAGUGAUAGCUUCAGUUCAACCUUGGAGCAUUGUACGAAAGCACUCCAGGAUAUCAUAUCCCGGUGCAUUAAGCCUUCCGAUCCAGGAACUUAUGGUGAAAGCUCAACAUUUGAAAGUGGGGAAACAUACACCAUCAGCAACGACUUGUAUCCCCAAGCACCAGUGGUCUCUGUAAAUCUAGAGAAUCGAGCAGUGGAAGACGCCGCAAAAGCUAGGACUCAUAAAACUACUGCAAAGCCGACUACUAAAACAACCAAAACAAUCCCCAAGACAACAACUGUAGCACAAGCAACUACUACUCCAAAAACUACAGCAACUACUCCAAAGCCAACUCCAACUUCUGUGACUACGAGUUCGAAGACCACACAAACAACCUCUACUACAUCUAAAUCAUCGACUAGCAAGACAAGUUUAUCUUCAGAAACUCCCAAAACGACAGCAACUUCCACUAGUUCCAAAACUAUACAGACAGUCCCCACUACUUCGAAACCCUCCAUAUCCACUAUCACGACGAGUAUAGCUUCCGAAACUCCCAAGACAACUUCCAUAGCCACGACUUCAAAAUCGACAACUUCUAGUACUAUCUCUUCUAAGAUUCCUUCCCCUAGCAGUCUCUCCUCAAGUCAGACUUCAACAAAGCAAAGUAGUACUGGUACCAGUACUAGUACUAGUACUAACCCUAACUCGAAUCCUCACUCUGCCACCUCAUCAUCCCUAUCAACCCUCUCCUCAAUUUCCUCAAUCAAAGGUUCUUCCACCCACACUCCCACCCUCACACCCAGCGCUCCCACCUCAACCAAGCCAUCUCCAAGUAACAUCCCAUCUUCCCUCUCAACCACUCAACUCUCCACUUCAAGUCUGGAGGUAUCUUCCCAUAUCCCCGAGCUGACUAGCACUCCCUCACAAUCUACAUCCACGGAACCCGUUUCACUAGAGACCUCCUCGCAGAAAAGUACAUCACAAGCCGAUCCUUCAUCUAGCAGCAGCAUCCAUACUUCUGGUCUCUCAUCUACCAGUUCCUUCUCAAGCGGAACAAAAAUCCCCAUUUCAAAAUCGCUUACUUCCACAUCCCAUCCCCUCGAACCGACACCCUCUUCACCCGCAGAAUCCCUCUCCCCAAGCAAAUUAAGCGUGUCCCCCGAAUCCAGUGAAACAACUCCCGCAACGAUCUCAGAACUCCCAAGCAGUGCAGAUAUCCAUCCCUCGCCCUCAUCCGCAAUAAAAACAUCUUCCAUCUCUUCCCUCUCUUCCAAUUCAAUCCCCGAAAUUACACCCGGACCCACGACCCCCAGUUCUUCCGCCAUUAUUACUUCUGGAGCCAUCCCAUCUACUUCAGUCUCCGAAUUGACUUCACAAGUAAUCUCUACCGAAACUCACAUAGCUUCCAAGCCAUCAGAAAUUACUCCUUCGCCUUCUCCCUCCACCGUCACAACCCAAGUAAUUUCUACCGGACCCCUCACAUCUUCUAUACAGCCCGAAAUCACACUGCCUUCCUCGGAAUCUUCGCUUUCCAGGACCAUCUCUUCAACUAUCAUCUCCGAGGCGAUCUCUAAAAGUACUUCCACCGAAGCCCUCACAUCUUCCACCAAACCCGAAAUCACACCUUCAUCUCCCGUCUCCGAAGAAAUUCCUCAAAGCAUUUCAACCAGCUCCUCAACAUCUUCCACUCAACCCGAAAUCACACCUGCUCCUUCCAACCCCUCCACUUCCGAACUCAAUCCAUCAACUCCAGAAACCAAAUCCACUUCGCAGGCCAUUUCCACAGGAUCUCUUACCUCUCCCGUAGAGCCUGAGAUUACUCCACCUUCAUCUCCAUCCCCAUCGGAAACAUCUGAGCCAUCAAAACCAACCGAAGCCUCCGGACCAGCCGAAUCACCCGAUCCAAUCGAAACAUCCCAGCCAGAAACUCCAGAAAAUAAUCCAACCGAAACUGCCAUUCCCUCCUCAACCCCAGCUCCUUUAUCCACAUCAAUCGCUUCGUCUCCCGCUUGUACAGCCACCACAGGAGGAAAUUGCUCUACAUGUUAUCAAUACUCUGGUUCUGGCGAUAUCUCGCUUUCUCUCUCCAACAGUACCACUUUGCAAUCUCGCAAAUUGCCCCCAACAAUUGCUGGUCGUAUAUCUACUACCGAUCUACAGUCAAAGGUAUCCAAACGAGCCACAAGAUCAUUUACUUCGUUUGACGCUGCCAAUUCGUGUGUUUUUGGUUCCGUGGAUGUUCCUUCGAUUCCUGAUGCAUCUACUCUAGUCAGUAAAGCAGGUACUCAAACAGAGUACUGGUAUGUUUUGCAAGAUACUCCUGUGAACGCAACGAUCUGUCCCGCACUUGGCUUUACAAAAGUUACCGACGCAGCGCUUGCUUCUCAAUUGAUAAAUUCAAAUGCGGUUGGGUAUACAAAGGCUGGAUCGGGAAUUGGUUGGAAAACGAAUGCUCCUACCGUUGACGUAGAUAGUGUUUAUGAUUCCAUAAUUCUGCAAAGCUUCUUCGCAAGUAGAGUCAACAGCAGCAACUUUGCAGCUUUCAAGGCUAUUUUUGAUCAGUCAGACACUGUCAAUGCAGGAAAAUCUAGGUUACAGACUAUUUGGAAUGCACUCCCUAGUGAUACCAAUCCCGACUAUGCUGGAAUAGAUCAAAAGAUAAGCACUGUCAAAGCACAAGCUUUCACAGCCGUGGCAAUGGCCAUUACCAAUAAUGAUGCCAUCGCGAAUCUGUUUCAAAGCACCAAUCUUCGUGUUUACAAAGCACUCCUUGCUAUCGAUGCCGUUAUUGGAGCUACCAAUAGUACCACCACGGCCGGUAUUAAAGCAGACUGGGCAUCAACCUACCGCACCUACCUCACUAACUUCCUAACCACCCGCUCCUCGAUCAUCCUCUCCCAAGUCUCCAGCUACCUUGAUAAUGAUCUUGGACCUGCCGCCAGAAAUGAUAACGUCACACUUUCAGAUGGAACGGUAUCGACGACUGAAGAUUCCAUUGGAAAGGGUGUCGACGCCUUACUAAAUGCUUAUCCUCUGGCUACUGCUUUCGCAUUUGACCAGGCCAAGUUAUUAGGGUUUCCUAGUGUGUAGGUAAAGGUUGUAGCAUGAAUUUGAAAGGGAAGACUGAAAGAGGAUAGAGAAGGU